AUGACGAUGGCGAACGCGCAUGCUGACAACGGCCGAACCGGCUUGCUCAAACUUCCUGCCGAGCUGCGCAACCGCAUCUACGAGGAGGCUUUACGCCUCGAGAAUCCAUACGCGCUUCUUCAGACAUGUCGCCAGGUGCUCGAGGAAGUGAGAAACAAGGUUAUCAGGCAAGUUCCCUCUAUGGGCCAGAUCUACGGCAUCCUCCCGCAAGCCAUGCUUGAGGUCACACGGAUCAACAUCAAGAUCGAGGUCAUCAUUGCUGCCACUGUUCAAGGUUUCCUCACUGCGCUCGCUUGCUUCCUUAACAGCAACGCUUCGAGAUGCGAAACGUUACACAUCAUGGUCAAGCAAAAGGUUCUCGGCAACUACGAGAUCUGCGCACUCCUCAGAGACAACUACGUCAACCCACUGAGGCCUCUAAACGGAACUUUCAACAUGAUCACCGAGUCCCGCCGCAUCAUAGCAAAGGUCAAGCAAAUCGCAGUUGCAGUCGUCGAGGCCUUCCUCUCUCGCACCGUCCCGGAGGGGCGAGGUUUCAAGAUGGCCGCCCAUCUCGGAGACAUCCUCCCCGGCAUUGAAUGCUGA